GUUGCUCAGUGCUACCAAAAGACUACAUUUUACCAGCUUCUUUACCAAGCAGGACUAUAUCAUCUGCGUAUUCAAAGUCAAUAAGCGGACCUCCUUGAAGGAGACCAAUUCCUGAAAAUUCAGUCGAUAAGGACAUUAUUCCCAGCAAUAGGUUUAUGGUGAGAUUAAACAAAAAUGGAAAUUGUGGACAGUCUUGCCGGAUACCUCUUGAGGUUGCAAAUCACAUAAUAGUCCGCAAUAAUUACAUUACUGCAGUAACCGUAAACAACACUUUAAUCGAACAAUCUUUUUAAAGUAGAAAAGCUAAUAGUUUUAUAUCAUAAAAACUGUAUUUAUACUUUAUUUGUGCGUUUCAUUUCCAGACCUUCAAAUCAUGAAAUCUGAACCUGGUAACCAUGAUCCUGCCAACAACACUGUUCAAUCCUUGAAUUCUAAAGAGAAUAAAAUUGAUGUUCAGAAAAAUAAUAUCACGAGGAUGAGCUAUACUGAAUUUUUAACUAGUUUGAAAAAUGGUUUAUGUGUUGAUGGAAGGUGUGAUUCAGACGCCAAUAUUCAAAAUAAAUUCCACGAAUCGCUGAGUAAAUCCAUCGAUCUUCAUGUGAAAGCAAAUGAACAUGUUUGUAAUACUGGAGUCGCUAUUGCUGAAGAUUUUUCAAACACAGUUCCUUUGUGUAAUCCAAAAGUCGAGUUUUCAUGUACUCGAAGUUCUGAAGAUAGUUUAAUUGUUAUGCCUGAUAUAAUAACAGAAGCAUUAGUUUGCUCAGAACCCAAUAUGCAGCAGUCCUGUUUUUCUGGGCUUAGUCAAUCUCCAAGUCAAACAAAACAAAAAAUGGCUGGUAUUUAUCUGUCGAAAACUAUUGAUUCUGAUACAUGUCUUAGGAAGAUUGUGGAUGAUCAUCCAAACUUUCCGAUCUUUGAAUGUUUUCAAAAGUUUCAGUCUUCCACCACUGGCUGCACUAAGUCAAGGCAGAUUCCAUCAGCUUCAAAUGAGUCAUUAUUGUGGGUGGACAAGUACAUGCCGUCAAGUUGCUCUUCCUUUUUAAACACUUGUCCUGGUAUAAUAAAACUUCUUAUGUGGUUAAAGAAAUGGAAAUAUAAAAAUUCCAAAGUAGAAAAUUCAAUGGAGCCUUCCUUGAGUAAGAAUAAAACUACCAAGUCUACAAAAAAAAGGCUUCGAUCAAGCCCUCGUUAUUCUAGUGAUGAAGACUUUGUUGUAAAGUCACCAGCACAUAAACGCCAUAAGUAUAACGUUCAUGUUCCUGGUUCAGUUGAAAACAUUAAUGAGAAUCCAACCUUAAAUUUACCCAUUGGAUACAUCCGAAAUCAAAUAGACGUUUCUAGCUCCAGCAGUUCAGAUGAGGAUAAUUCAACUGAAAGUGAUGAAGAACAUAAUGGUAAUCCUAACAAACGACGUUUUCGAACAAAUUGGCAGUCCAAGGCUUUCCUGUUAGUAGGACCUCAUGGAACAGGCAAAUCUGCAUUAAUUUAUGCACUAGCUAAAGAUCUAGGCUUUAAAAUAUUUGAAUUAAAUCCUUCAAGUAGACGGUCCGGUAAAGAUAUCAUAUCUCAGUUCCAUACUGCACUUGGAUCACAUCAUGUUGCUAAAGAUUAUCUGUCCACUAGUUUUAGUACAUUCCAAAUGAUAACAUCAUCAUCUCUUACUAAAAAUAAUUCAGAAACGAUCCGCAAGUCUGCAGCCAAUUUCUUCAAACCAGUGCCUAAGAAGAAUGUUUCAUCCAAGAAAAAUACUUCUUCCACUAAAGAUUCGGAAAGCUUAAACUUAAAUUGCAAUUCAAUAGUACUAUUUGAUGAGGUGGAUGUACUUUUUGAAAGUGAUCGAGGCUUUUGGUCUGGUCUAAGUAGUUUACUUCAACUUGCUCGUCGUCCAGUUAUACUUACCGCUUCAGACUCUUCUAUAGUUCACAAUCUACCAGUCCCAGCUUAUAUUUGUCACUUCACAUCAGCCUCAUUGGAAUUAGUUGUUCCAUAUAUUCGCGUCCUGUGUUUAAAUGAAGGUUAUAAUUUAGAUGUACAAACUGCAAAUUCAUUAAUUAAAAGUAUUCAGUCUCCUAAUUUAACUAUUGAUAAACUGUCAUCUGAACAUUGUGACCUUCGGAGACUUAUUAAUGAACUACAAUGGUUUUGUACCAGUGCUUCUCAUGAGGAGGCAAACAGAAAAUAUAAUCAUAUAAAAAAUGAAAAUUCAUUAGUUUUAAACGAAUUUAUCGACGAUCCUUUAACUUUGGUUCAGAAAAUCUCUCCUUCCCUUUGCAAUUUAUCUGGACAUAUUGUCAAUCCUAAACCACCAGUAAAUUCUAAAUGUGUUAUUGAUAAUGAUCUGUGUGAUUUAUUCACUACAGAUGCUGAAAAUGUUUCUGAUCAAGUAGCUGGUAAAGCCACUACUAAUGAAAUUGUCAAAGAAAAUGUUAUUGUGACAAACUGUCAGGAUAGCGUGGAAAAAAACCAAAGAAACUCUCUACUAAUCGAUUUCAGUCUAAACUCUUUAAAAGAGAUGACUGAGAACCUCUCCUUUUGGGAUAUAUGUCAGUCGGGUGUAACCCGAGCAUCCUUAUUGUCAGUUACUGACUCAAUAAGUCAGAUAAUUGAUAUAAAAUCUAAUUCAAAUAAUAAUGAUAGCAACAACUCACCAUCCAAUACAAAUCCAUCUGUUAAUGUAACUUCAGACAGCUCUAUGUGUACAGUGUCUACGAAACGUGUUAUAAAUGUACCUACUCAGCACUGGGGACCGGUUUGUGCAUUUGAUAUUAUUAACGAUGAUUUCUUUAAUGUAUUCUGGAUACAAAUCCUGUUAAAUCAAAGUCGAACUAAUCUGGAAGAGGCUGAGAGCAAACUAACUACUGGCAAUUAUUCUUAUUCAAAUGGUUCUGAAAAAACAGACAUGCUUUUAAAAUCAUGCGAUUUAAGUCAAAGUCUUUCAUUGUCGAAAUGUGUCAAUGAUUUGAAUCGUUGUGGAAUCGGUACCAACUGUCAUGAUCAUUUAAAAACAUUGGCUUGUGACUAUUUACCAAUCUUGCGUUUAUUAGCUUCUGGUGAGAAUUCUAGACAAAUAGUUUCCACUAAAAGACGGUAUGUUAUUGUUGCUAUACAUUUAUUGUGAUAUGAUUUUUGAAUAACUCUAUGUUGUGUUUUUCCUUAUUAUGUCGAAUUGAAUUAACUGUCAACAAUGGUUUUCAGCUAACUGAUAUAACUUAUGUUCAUUUGUAUCUAGAAUGUGUUACUAACUUUUUCGUAUGAUAAUCAACUUUGAAUGGAUUCAUAUUCUAUUUUCACCUAACUAUUACGUAUAACCAACCAACUAACUACCUUGAUGCAUGAUAUUUGCUAGUGUACUAGUAUGUUGGAAGUAAGUUGAGGGUGGCGAAUUCAAGACAUGGGUGUAGUCCAUGAAGUCAUUGACUGUUGGAUGAAUCGUAUCAGUGGGUAGGUACUUAUUUAGUUGCUAUCUUCGUAAUUCUGGUAAAUAAUAGUUCGAGAUGUUGAAUAGUAUGACUCAGAGUUUGUCUCGAUGGCCCAGAUCCAUUCACUCUUUAUUCUAAAAUAUUUAUAUUUUUAUAUUACAAAUUUAUUAUUCUAGAACCAUAUUUUAUAUCUCUAUUCUUUUCUACUACCGUGUCAUUUGUUUUGAUAAUUGCAUUUUUAUGGGGUUAAUGUGGUGUAGCAACUUAAACUUUUGUACAUAUGUACCACGCUCUAUGUCGGAUACUUCUGACUUCCCUCAACUCUUCAGUUUCAAUAUCCAUACAUUUUAUUCUUUAUGUUUAAUCCUUUCAUUAAUGGUGCUAUUCUUUUGACUCUGUCCAUACUCUUCUUGUUAAUUUCAUCUCACGUUAUGUUAAUGCAAUGUGUAAAACUUAUACUGAUAUAUAUUUUUCCCAGAUCAUACGUUGAUUGACCGACUGAAUGUUAUAUUCUGUGUUAAAUAUCUAAAUGCAAAUAAUUACCGUUAUUUGCCUUCGAACCACAUUAAGUGUGAGGGUUAAUGAUACUACCUGUUCACCCAAACCGAAUUAGGUGAAGUGUAAUUUUCAAACAUGCGAUUUACUGGAUGAAAACUAUAUAUAUAUAUAUAUAUAUAU